AUGGAGGGCCGGCUGCCCUACGACGACUUCCCGGUGGUCUUCCUGCCGCCCUACGAGAGCCCGCCCGCCUGGGUGCCGCCGCACGAGAGGGUGUACCACCCCGACUACAACAACGAGCUCACCCAGUUCCUGCCCCGCACCAUCGUCCUGAAGAAGCCGCCCGGGGCGCAGCUGGGCUUCAACAUCCGGGGAGGAAAAGCCUCGCAGCUGGGGAUCUUCAUCUCUAAGGUGAUCCCUGACUCGGAUGCGCACAGAGCUGGGCUGCAGGAGGGGGACCAGGUGCUCUCGGUGAACGAUGUGGAUUUCCAGGACAUUGAGCACAGCAAGGCUGUGGAGAUCCUGAAGACAGCCCGUGAAAUCACGAUGCGCGUGCGUUACUUCCCCUACAAUUACCAGAGACAGAAGGAAAGAACUGUUCACUAGUAGGCAGCUGUCUGCUGGGUCUCCAGAGCGGCCGUCCUGCAAAAAACUCUCCACUACUUUUCCUUAACAUCCAAGAUGACACACCAAGUUUCAGCUGUCACUGGAGGUCCAACUGUCCUGUUGGCUGCACAGGCCUCAGCUCUGCUUCCUGCGUGGAGGGUUGCCAACAGAGUCUUACUCAGCUGGAAGAUGGAUGGGGUUUUAGUCUCUACUCCUUGAACGGGGUGUUGAAACAAGCUGAUGUGGAAGUGGGUACCGGAGGGCAGCUUCUCCGGCAAGAUCUGAGCUUCUCUUCUAGUCGGACUUAAUUGAAAGGAGUGCUCUGCUGGUAGUGGUUAGGAUGUAAGGCCAAGAGGGUCUGAGCGUGCUUGAGCAGAGCAUGGCCUUUGUCCUCCAAGAGAUCAACCUGUUCACUUCUCUGGUGAAAUUCUUUCCUCCUCCACUGUCCUACCUCUGCUCUACACUACUGGGUUUGCUUGGGACUUAAGGAACAGGAGUAAAAUCCACUCAAACUCAGCGCACAUCUCUAGCUGCACUAGUCUGCCAAGGCAUGUUUGUACCUCUUUCUUUGCUGCUUAACGACCCCCACGAUAGAGGACCGAGACGCUUAGAGCAUGUUUGUGAACUGCUGCGGGCACUUGGCCAGGUUCCCUCAGGUGUGGUGCUUGCACGGUUAAGGGUUUCACUCGCUGAAUCCGCUUCCUUCACUUGGCACAGCUCUGUCCCUGUCACGUGCUCCCAUCAGAACUCCCCGCCACUUUGAGGUAAACUUCUCCCCUUCCUUGUUCUCAGAGAAAGGGGAGGAAGCCUGCUGUGCCCUGCGCUGGGAGAGCACAGACGAAAACAUGCUAGUUACCAGCAAAUCUGGGUGCAAAUGCGUGGUAGUACCACAUUGUAAAUGGCAUGAGGACAGCCCUGGCUCUGGCCUUCUGUGCGGUGUUUUCCACUUAUCUGUAA